GAUAAUCGCAGUAACAUCAGUUUGGCAUGAUGAUUCAGGCGGAGAUCUAGCGGAGCUUGAAAAUUUUGUCUUUCUGCUUUGUACUUUCACCGCGUUCAGUACAGACCACCCCUCGCACCACUCCUCCUCUCAUCGUCGCGCUUCCAAUCAACUAGAAAACACAGGAAAACCUCUACAUUGCGACGAUGUCCUCCAUCCCGAUCAACAACUCCUCUAUCACGGCGCCUACCCCGCAAAACACUCCACUCAAUCAAGCUCCCAUCUCCCAGGGCCUGUCGCGCCCCACGGUUCCCGACAUCCAGGAGGAGCCCGAGACUGCUGAUGAGCUCACCCGUCUCGGUCCUGGUGGUGUGCAGAGCGCGAUGCUGGGUUUGGUCGAGAGCCGCCUGUCGACACUCAUCGGACAAACAUCGGGCUACGUUGAGAGCCUCCCGAUCUUGGUCAGGCGCAACGUCGAGGGCUUGAAGGGCGUACAGGUCAGGCAGAUGGAACUCCAGAACGAGUACAAGCGCGAGUGCUUGGAGUUGGAGCGUAAGUAUCUCGCCCUCCAGCAGCCCCUCUACGAGCGGCGCGCCGCCAUCAUUUCCGGCGCCUCCCCGGCUACGGCGGAGGAGAUCGCUAAGGGUGAAGCGGCCGAACUCAAGGACGAUGAGGAUUACCAACCUUUGCCCAAGGAUGCCGAACCCGCUGCCGGCGAAGAGAACAUCACGGGUAUCCCUGAUUUCUGGUCCACAGCGCUCCGCAAUCAUCCUGGUCUUGGCGAGCUCAUCACGGAGCGAGACACCGAAGCUCUGGCGUUCUUGAAGAAUGUGACGCUGGAAUAUCUGCCUAAGGAAGGAGACAGCGAGUUUGCUGGAAAACCCGGAUUCACUAUCAUCUUUCACUGGGACUCUGCUGCAAACACGUUCUUCACCAACGAGACGCUCACGAAGACAUACAUCUACCAGGAGGAGAUCGGUUACUCUGGCGACUUUGUCUAUGACCGUGCCGUUGGCAGCAACAUCGCAUGGAAAGAGGAGAAGGAUCUUACUCGCGAGUGGGAAAUCAAGAAGCAGCGCAACAAGAACACCAACCGUACCCGCCUCAUCCGCAAGUCGCGCCCGACCGCUUCUUUCUUCAACUUCUUUUCCCCUCCUGUGAUGCCUUCGGAUGACGCAAUUGAGGCUGGUGACGUGGACCCCGACGAGCUGGAAGAGAUUGAAGAGCGGCUCGAAGUCGACUACCAGGUCGGUGAAGAUCUGAAGGAGAAGGGCCGCGGUGCCGGUGCCAGCUCCAGUGCCAAUGUCGACCCGCAGGACUGCAAGCAACAGUAA